AUGGCAACACAUACCCAUGACACAGAGACCUUUGAUACAGGACAGGUUGAGGGUGACACAGCUGAUCAGACUAGUGCUGUUACUCUGGAGGCAGAGACAGCUGGCUCUCCCAAUAACCAUCAUGAGGGUGUUGUGCCAUACAGGAGGGUUGGUAGGAAUGCUCAAAGGAGGUCUGCUGUUCACUCUCUUCCUGAAGCUGGUGUGUCAUUAGGUGUUGCCAGAUAUAUAAUCGUCAAGAAAUUCACAUCGGGCACAAAGCUUGAAAGGUUUGAGUUAAGAAGAUACCGUUGGGUUCAGAGUUUAAUAUUUACAGUUCAGGAAAUUAAUCAAAACCUUAACCUUCUACCAAACAUAUCUCUGGGUUUCGAAAUUUAUGAUUCUUGUAAUGCAGAGGCAAGAGCUUUGAAAGGUAUCAUAUUUCAGCUUUCUGGGAAGAAAGAGCAAUUAAUCCCUAACUACUGCUGCCGGGAACCAAACCAUUUACUAGCCAUUGUAGGUGAUGUAAGUUCUCAGGUGUCUAUUCAAAUGGCUCGUAUACUGGGACUGUAUCAUUUUCCACAGGUUGAUAAGGGUGGGGCCAUAGUUAUCAUGGAUACAGAUUAUUAUCUGGGGGAGGGAAAUGGACAAUUGUCCAGCCCAUCCCAUUACAUGAAAAUGCCCAUUGACCCCACACCAAACUUCAAGCAAGAAAUUGAUGAGUUUUUGGAUCUGGCAGUCUCUGAGGGCAUUACUUCUGAUACAGUGAAGGCACAUCUCACGGUAACAUAUGGUGCAUCCGCUGUGGUUCUAAGUAACAAGAGGAUAUUUCCCUCAUUCCUUAGAAUAUACCCAAAUGACAGAUUUGUAUCACUUGGCCUUGCCAAUCUUGUAUCACAUUUUGGAUGGACGUGGGUAGGGAUUGUUGCUGAGGAAACAGACUAUGGUGGCUAUGGUAGUCAAAUGCUAAAGGAAGAACUGGCAAAGCUGGGGAUCUGCAUUGCUUUCUUUGAAACUGUGUCAACAGUUUACUCUGAGAAGCGCAUCAAACAAACUACAGCAGUAAUAAAGGAAUCAACUGCAAAUGGAAUAGUGAUGUUUUUCUUUCAGUAUAACAUGUAUUCUCUGAUAGAGGAAAUAGCAAGACAGAAUAUUACGGGGAAGAUCUGGGUGGCAAGUGAGCCUUGGUCUCUCACCACAAUGCUUACUGAGAAUAAUUGUUUUAAAGUUUUAAAUGGCACAAUCAUUUUUGCUAUUCGUCGUGGAAACAUGGUGGGGUUCAAACAAUUUCUAUUCAAUUUACUUCCUUCAGCACAUCCUGAUGAUAUGUUCAUUCAUACAUUUUGGGAAUAUGCAUUUGGCUGCAAAUGGAUGUAUGUCAACCAAAAUUUAUUAGAAAAUCAAACCUUAACGGACCGUAAGCAAUUCUGCACAGCCAAAGAGGAUCUGACAAAGCUUGAUAUUCCAUUCUUUGAUGCAAGCAGUUUUCGAUACACUUAUAAUGUUCACAUUGCAGUGAAUGUUGUUGCACAUGCUUUACAGAAUCUAAUUGACUGUAGAAUGGGAAGUGGGCCUUUUGAAAAUGCAAGCUGUACAACUCUUGGACAUUUCAUGCCCUGGCAAUUACUUCACUAUGUAAAAAAUGUCCAUUUUAAAGCACAAAAUGGUGAUGAUAUCUUUUUCGAUUCAAAUGGUGACCCACCAGCUGUUUAUGAUCUGCUUCUGUGGCAUAUUAAUAGGGAUGAAACAUCACAGUAUUUGGAUAUUGGUUGUUUUGAUUUUAAUGCCAAAGAAGUCCUGACCUUCAAUAAAACAGCUUUUAUUCUCACAGCUGGGGAAAUAAAGUUUCCACACUCUGCUUGCAGUGAAAGUUGUUCACCUGGAUACAGAAAAGUGAUUCGGGAAGGACAGCCAGCCUGCUGCUUUGAUUGCAUUGCUUGUUCAUCUGGAGAGAUUUCCAACCAGACAGAUUCAAACGAUUGUUUUAGAUGCACAUCAGCGUACUGGCCUAACGAGCAGCGAGAUGAUUGUAUCCAGAAGAGAACAGACUUUCUCUCAUUUAAUGAACCUUUGGGGACAACUAUGGCUGCACUGUCUAUAUUUGCUGCAUUUAUACCUGCUGCUAUUUUGUUUAUUUUUAUUAAAAAUAAAAAUACUCCCAUUGUAAAAGCAAACAACCGAGAGCUUAGCUAUCUUCUUCUGUUUGCUCUCAUCCUUUGCUUUCUUUGUUCAUUACUUUUCAUUGGACAACCAACAACUAUAACAUGCUUUCUUCGCCAGGUGGUUUUUGGAAUUAGUUUUGCUCUCUGUGUCUCAUGUGUCCUUGCAAAAACAAUGAUGGUCAUCAUAGCAUUCAGAGCCACAAUCCCAAACAGUAACCUGAGACAGUGGGUGGGGCCUAAAUUACCUAAUGCUGUUGUGUUCACCUGCACUUUACUUCAAGUUGUGAUUUGCUGUGCUUGGUUGGCUAGCUCUCCACCAUUUCCAGAACACAAUAUGACAUCUCAGAAUGGGAUUAUCAUCCUUGAAUGUAAUGAAGGAUCCAAUGUGGCUUUCUGGAUCUUGUUGAGCUAUAUGGGAGUUUUGGCUAUAGCUAGCUUUGCUAUGGCCUUUCUGGCUCGGAACCUACCUGAUAGCUUUAAUGAAGCUAAGUUCAUCACAUUCAGUAUGUUGGUCUUUCUCAGUGUCUGGCUGUCAUUUAUACCAGCAUACCUGAGUACAAAAGGCAAGUUUGUGGUAGCUGUAGAAAUAUUUGCAAUAAUAUCAUCAAGUGCAGGUUUGCUUACUUGCAUUUUCAUUCCUAAAUGUAUAAUCAUUCUGUUACGACCUGAAAGUAACAGCAGAGACUAUUUAAUGAAUAGGGGCAACAACAGAAAAUAA